AUGGUUUGCCCUACUCGGAGGACCCUUUUGUGUCUAUUGUGGACAGUUUUGCUAUCAUCAACCUUUACCUGUGCUGAACAGCAACAGCAACAGCAACAGCAACAGCAACAGCAACAGCAACUCAAAGCUAGUCGUUCCAACGACAUAAUACAAGUCCGAGCACUCCGUACACCCGGUGCUCGUCAGGUGGUCAGUCCAUUGGACAAUGGCUUUGUGAUUACCUUUUCCGGAGAUGGAACUCCCAUAGUCUUGAAUCCCAUUUCGCUCUUGCUCGACAGCAUUGAAGGCGAACUGUCCAACAAUGGCCGCGUCAUUUUGGGACGUGCCUUUGCGGACUUUGUAAACGAUGAAUUGUCCCAAGCAUGGUUGAAUGAAACACAAAUUGCCGACUUGACUGGCGUCUUGGUGGAUGUUGUGAAAGUAGAAACCUUAUCCAACAAACCAGGUGGUCUCAGGGAGAUUGAAACUACCUUGGAUACCACACUGACCUUUGAUGGGUUGGCCGAUGCUCCUGACAUUUCCACUGUUAAUGAAGCUGUCUUGGGAGCGCUUCUCAAGAUGGACGUCUUUUUGCAAAAUUAUUUGCUGACUUCGGGAUUGCCCGAGUUUGCGUCACUCACCAGAGCCGUUGCCAAUAUGGAAGUGGCAGUACCUGCAGGAGGAGGAGGAGAAGAAGAAGAAAAGACCAAGCCACCCAAAAAGGAAGACAAAAAGGAAGACAAACCAUCGGUCGCUCAAGCCAACGCGGCUCCGGUCCGCAGCGGUUCCUUUGAUCCCAAUGAUCUGAAGAUUCUCAUUCCCGCCACGGUCGGUGGCCUUGCCAUGUUUCUGUUGACCGUCUUUUGGUUGGCUAGGAAUCGCCGCCGUCAACAUUUGGAUAUUUCCUACGAUAGUUAUGAGGAUGACAUUGAUCAUACCGUCAAUGGAUCGCAAAUGGGCAAGGAAGAAAUUGAAGUCCAAGCAGGAACUACCGCAAUGGAUUAUGGUUACAAUCCAGAUGGUCAUGUGGAUUUGAAUUCUAGUUACGGUGCAGGACAUGUCGCCAUGCACAUUCCAGCCAUGGAUCAAGGUAGUUUGGCCAGUGGUAGGGCUGGUGGCAAUAGUAGCAGUGCGUAUCGAGAUUUUCAUCAGCACGGUCCUUCCACUGCCAAAACGCCGGCACAAUUGUACAAUCGAGGAAGUGUCCUGGAUUCACCAUCGAGAAAUGGACAAUCGUCUGUCGAUGAGGAGUCUGAAUAUUCGGAAGGACAAUAUUGGAGGUAA